UCUGUGUGUGUCUGUGUGUGUGUGUGGGUGGGUGGGUGGGUGGGUUGUGUGUGACAAAAACAGCAGCAUCACGGAGGAAAGAAUCUGAGCAACAGCAGUGAAGAGCUGCAGCCGUUACAGCCGGCAUCUCCCCCACACACACGCGCUCGCGCACACACACACACACACACACACACACACACACACACACACCAAGGUGUGUGUAGGACGAGCAGAUGUGACGUGCGGAUGGUUCCGGAGCAUCAAUAAGCAGAGCGAGUCAUUUCUUCUUGUCCUCCAGGAUACCAAAGAUGGACAUCUUCCUCUUUCUAGUCGUCCUCCUCUUCCUCACCCAUGUGUGUGGUGCCUCCAGGCUGCACAGUCACCGCCGCGCAGCCGUCAGCAUGUGUGUGAAGGAUCACGCUGUAUGGUGCUGAGAAGAGGCACACACACACACACACACACACACACACACACACACACACACACACACACUUGCAGGCAUAACAGACUACGAACCGGGUCUUUGGGAGACGAAUCAUAGACAGUGAUCCCUCUAAUUGCCCUCAAAGAUGGAUGGAAGUGAGGACGAGUGUGUGCGCUUUCUGCAGUACGUAGAAGACAUCGGCUUGAGGGCCUAUGAUGAGCUGGUGAUCCAGAACGCGUCGGACAUUGCCCGGGAGAGCGACCGAGUGCGCAACCGCCAGCAUUGGGCAUACCUCGAGGACCAGAGCCAGAAGAAAAGACGGCAGGAAGAGGCCAUCAAGAGGAUGGGCGAGGAAGUGGCUGGGGUGACAGAUGGAGGUGCUUACACAGGUAAACAUUUCCGCAUGGGCUUCAUGACAAUGCCGGCUCCCCAGGACCGGCUUGCGGCGCCAAGUGGGCCAGGUUUCACCGUACGCUCCCAGUCUUUGCACUCAGUGGGAGGCAGCGAGGACGAGGGGGGCAGCCCGACCCUACGCAAACAACCCCCGCCCAAACCAAAACGCGACCCCAAUACCAAGCUGAGCACCUCGUCAGAGACCGUCAACACCACCUUCACCACAGGCAAGGAAGUGAGGGAGAUGGAUAAGAGUGAUGCUUCCAAGAGUCGCCCCUGCAGUGAGGAGUAUCGUCGCAUGCCUCCACCCAAACCGAAGCGCAACCCCAACACUCAGCUCAGCACCUCUUUCGAUGAGUCCUACAUGCAAAAACACGGCACCAAAUUCAAGUCUGCUUCUUUGCCACGGCAACAGAAGAAGAAGUCAAUGUCCCAAAGUCAAAGCCCUGCCUUGGACACGGAUGAGGAGGUAGAACCUGUCUACAUAGAGAUGGUGGGGAACAUUCUACGUGACUUUAGCCACUUUACUGGGAGCAAUGCAGAUGAUGAAGAUGACCAGGGAGAGAGUGUGUAUGAGGAGAUGAAAUACCCUUCCUAUGAAGAAGCUGCCCUGCCAACAGAGCAUAUCCAGGCACGCUGGGAACCUAGUUCAGAUAUAGACCUAACGCGAUCUGCUGUCCCUCGUGGCUCACUUUGUGACAUACCUGCCCCCUUUCCUAACUUAUUGACUCAUAGGCCUCCCCUCUUGGUGUUCCCCCCUGCACCUGCUCAGUGCUCCCCAAAUUCAGAUGAAUCCCCCCUAACUCCUCUAGACGUCACCAAACUUCCUGUGAUCGAGAACGUUGGGUAUGGAAAACCUGGUUCUCCAACAACAACAAGCGAAUCUGCGCAACCCUUGCCAGCACCGCAACACCACCAUCACCAUCACCAUCACCAUCACCAUAAGAAGUCAUUAGACAGUAAAGAAUCUUCAUCCACCCAGACAAUCACAGUAUCUGGACGUUCCUCGGCUCCCCCCCUAACAUCAGCCCUGUACAAGAGUGGGGGUUCUUCAGCUGCUCAUGGUUACCCUCGCAGCCACUCUGCCUGCCCAUCGCCUAUCAGCAUGGGUCGCUCUUUGACCCCUCUCAGCCUCAAACGUCCACCCCCAUACGAUGCUUUGAUGACCGGCACGAUUCCUCGCAGUGCCUCUGGAGUGUCUCAUGGAUCCCAUGAGAGCGGACGACUUUCGAACUCCUCCAGCAUCCAUGGUGGAUCCAUGCAAAAUGUUUCCACUGCAUCAGGGGGAUCAGGGGGGUCGAGUUCAGGGUCAGGAGGUCGUGGAUGUCGAACACCAACCAGUCCACUGGACGAGCUCAGCAAUUCAUUUUCUUCUAGCAAGAGCAUGCUGAGAAAAGGCUCAGGUGGGCACAAGAACAAGGAGUUUAGUGAAAUUGAAGGAAAGACCAGGAGCUACAGCAUUGAUAGUAAAGAGCGAGCCCUACGUAGCUCCUCCCCCAAAACCCAGGAUUGGGACGCGACCUCAGGACAUUCGGCCACGCCCACGCCUCUAGGCCGCUCCUCGAUCAGCCCGACUACCAUGAUGGGAGGCGGAUCUUCAGAACCAAAAACUGCCUGCAAACUCGGCCGUUCCGCCUCCACAUCUGGAGUCCCGUCUCCUGCAGGGACGCCCCAAAGACACGGCCCAGAUUCUUCGUCCAAUCAGAGCGCGAGCCCAUGCAAGAUGCCCCCACUGCCGUGGGCAUGCGGGGACAACACCAUGAUGGAGAUGAUCGAGAAGAAACGGCAUCUUUGCAAGGAGAUCAAGGCACGGCAGAAACCCGACAAGGCCCUGUGCAAACAAGACAGCAUGCCCAUCCUCCCCAGCUGGAAAAAGACCAACGGGGGCAAAAAAUACGGCCCUCCACCCUACUCAGCCCAAACCACAGUCUUCUGGGACACAGCUAUCUAACACGUCAAAGCGGCCGAGGUAAACAGCUAGCGAGUAAUAUUCGUCCUUCAGGCCUUCAGUCCACAGAUACUGGAACGCUGGAUGAGCAAGGGGGUGUGGCCAAACAGUGGCUGUUAAACCAAUAGGAAGCAAAAGGGAAUUUAUUUGAAUUCUGUAGCAAAUCGACUUAAAUCUGAGGAGGUUCAGAUUUAAGUGUCCUUGGUUUCUUAUCAACGUUUGUACUUUUUUUAUAUCUAAAAAAACAAAACAAAGAAAACAGGGAAAAACGAUGCUUAGAGGUUUUUUAAACAAAUUUACAAAACAACUAGCCAUGUGAUGAUACGCAUCCCCUGGAAGUUGGUAUUUUUUUGUUUUGGUUCUCUUCUUUUUUUUCUGUUCUUUUUUCCCUCUUCUUUUUCUAUGUUUCUAUGUUGCAGCAACACUUCAUAGUGUUGAAUGAAAAGAAAAUCUCUAUAGCUUAUAAUAUAUAAUAUAAUAUAAUGUAAAAUAAAAAAUUAUAAAAAAUUUAAUUAAAUGUGCAAAUUUUUGGAUAUAUGUCUUAAAGGAAUGUGAAAAGGAUUGAUUUUUUUUUUGCAUAUAGGGAUUAUAACAAAAGCACUAUUUUGAGAAAAGGAAUCUAUUUUGGACAUUGGGUGUUGUAACGAACCGUUGCAAUGGUGGAUCAUCGUUGAGGUCUUGCGUGUACUAUGAGGUGCUGAUCUUCUCUUCAAGUCAAACUCAACCACUUUCAUGCCUGAUAUCUCUGGUGCUCUUAUUGAGGUUUUUUUUCCGUUCAUAAGGACUUCACAAAAUUUGCACACAGUGCUGAGCAUUAAAAAGAUGGAAAGAAGGAAAUGCUAAAAACUUGAUAGCCAGUGAGAAUGCUAGCUUAACCAUAUCAUCCCUUUAAGUUGUAUCAGGCAAUACCAAAAAUAAAAAAAACUGAAUGAAAAAGAAACACUUUCUAUGGAGCCCAUAUCCCAUGAAGCACUGCUUGGUAGCAUUCCCAUUUCCUGUGUGCUUUACAUUUCUUGUCCCAGUGACUACCCUAUUGUGUUCACCUGUUCUGUGUCCAACUCCUUUUGUGCAUUCCUGAUUACUUUUCUUAUCCCGGUUAUUUAUCUAUUUUUAAAUCUUUAACAUUUUUUAUGUUUUAUCUUUAAUGUUUCAUGCUAACCUGUAGAUUGACUAGCACUACAAACGUUGACUGGCCUUAUAAAAGCACGAGCUUUAAUAAAACACGUUUAAACACAUAUUCACUUGAGACUUGAAGCACACAAUGAUUACAUUAUAGGUUGCCAAGUAGUCACACGAUUCCAUAUUUAUAAAGUGGACAAAAGAAUUUGGACAAAAGUACUAGGACACCUUGCUUUUCCAAUUGUGUACAACAUAUGGGUGUGCUAGAAUUAAAUUUAACUAGCAAACUUGAUCCACCAUGACAAUGCCCUUGUGGACAAAGCUAUUGUAGACCCAUUAAGAUAUGCUUUCCAUGAGUUGGACUAGAAAAUCUAAGAACGUUUGGAUCACCUUUGACUAAACUAAAAUCCGUGAAUCUCCAAAAACAUUUUCCAGACGAGUGAAAGUUAUCAUAACAGUAAAUGGGGACUUUAUGAAGAAUGGGAUACUCAAAAAGCACAACCUUUAAUUUAUAAAGUGGAUUAUUCAUUGAAAGACAUGCUGAAACAGAGCCUGAUUUAUGAAUAUGGGCUUCAGAUAAAGUGUUAUGGGGAAAUUCUCGUAUUUAAAUGUCCAACUAUAAAAGACCAUGCCAUGAAAAGAAGGUAUGUUUUCGGUCAGGAAGCGGCGCCACCUUUACUACAUCCGAACCAUGUUUACUAUCGCCUCUAUGGAAGAGCCAUAUUUCCGAAUUUAGCCGAGUUUAGCCUGAACUACGGCUAUGAACUGGAAUCAUGACUUUUGAGCCACUUGCCUAGCGGAAAACGCAAGCACAACUCGGGCUGGAUAUCAAAUCGGCAUGUUUUCCGAUUCCGUCUGGUUCACCCACGACCGGACCAAACCGAUUCCGCAUCAAACGGAAGUAAAUUGCUUGACUGUGCGUUUGUCCUUUGUGAUAUGUAGAAUGAUAUUUAUUUUGUCACUGAUAGAUGAAAAUUGUGAAUCAAUAGUGAAGUGUUUGUGUCAUUCAGGCAUUAAUUACUGGUGGAAACAAGAAAUGAAAAUAUCAAUUGUCUUUUAAUCACAGAGGGUCUAAUUCUGGUUUUAUACUCUAUGUGUCCAUUACUAUGGCCAGCACCUUCACACAUUUCUCAAAUCCCUGUUCACUAAUCAGCAUGACCACACUGUGUUUGUGGAUUUUUUUUGUAUAUAUAUUUAUUUAUUUUUAUUCUCUUCUUCUUGAGGACAGAGUGUGCAUUAAUUCAGUUUUCAGAUUGCUAGGGUAAUGACACCCCACCCCUUUAAAAUGGGGUCUGGUAAAGAUAAAAAGCCCCUCCCCCCUUUGUGCCAGCCACACCCACUUAACCCUGCUGACCAUCUUUCUACCACACAUACCCACGAUUACAUUUAUAGAGCUGACAUCCUUGCAAAAACGUGUUGCCUUUUGAAGACCUGGGUUCACUGUGACUUUAAGUGGUGGCCAAUUUUGGGAGGGGCUAACGGUCAAGGGUCAAAGAGCUAUGCUGUACAGGUUGGAAUGGUAUCCUGGAGUGGAAAUAGUAAUUCAAGUGGUUGUUUGUUAGGGGGUUGUGUUCAGGGUUGAAUAAGCAGAUGUAGCCUGGUCAGAUGCUUCUUCAAAAAUGCUUAAAAUUUGGCAUGUUAUACAUGAAAUAUGAUUCACCAACAUACAGCAUUUGGCAAACGCCCUCAUCCAGAGUUUAAUUUAAUCACAUCUAAUGGCAUUUUUACAACAUAGCUGUUUAGGAUCAAGAGUGUUAUUUAAGUUCCUAGUAGUGGUGUUGCUGGCAUUUCCUUAUCCACUGAGCUACCACUUCCCUCAACAAAUUAGUCCAACAUCUCAACCACUAAACUCCCACUUUCCCCAGUGCACUAAUCCAACACAUUAACCACUGAGUUACCACUUCCCUAAACACAUUAGUCCAACACUUAAACCACUGAGGUACCACUUUCCUCAAGAAAUUAGUCCAACUGCUAAAUUACCACUUACCUCAACACAUCCAAUACCUUAUUCACUGAGCUUCCAUGUUCCUCAAUGCACUAGUCCAACACCUUAAGCACUAAGCUUCCACUUCCCUAAACACAUUAUUCUAACAGCUCAACCCCUGAGUUAUCUCUCAACAAAUUGGUCCAACACAUUAAAAAGUGAAGUACCACUUUCCUCAACAAAUUAGUCCAACACCUCAAGCGCUACACUACCACUUACUUCAAAACAUUGGUCCAAUACCUUCUUUAUUGAGCUACAAUGUUCCUGAAUGACUUAGUCCAACACCUUAAGCACUGAGCUACCACUUCCCACAACACAUUAGUCCAACACCUCAACCACUAAGCUAGCACUUCCCUCAACACGUUAGUCCAACAACCCAACCACUAAGCUAGCACUUCCCUCAACACGUUAGUCCAACACCUCAACCACUAAAAUAGCACUUUCCCCAACACGUUAGUCCAAUACCUCAACCACUAAGCUAGCACUUCCCUCAACACGUUAGUCCAGCACCUCAACCACUGAGCUACCACUUUUCUCAACACGUUAGACCAACACCU